AUAAAAAAUGGUAAAAAACUCAGCAUAAGACCCACAAGAUAAUUCCUUAUAAAUGAAAAUUAGACAAUACUUGGUGUCAGGCAGAAGACUCCCAUCAAAAGAAGAUCCAAAUCCCAAAGUUAUUAGCAUGAGAAUUUUUGCAAGAAAUACCGUCGCUGCUAAAAGCAGAUUCUGGUGGAAUUUAAGAAGACUAAAUAAACUUAGACCUUCUCAUGGUUAGAUUUUAGCAGUUCAAGAAUUAUUUGAGAGAAGAGACACAAAUGUCAAAACCUACGGAAUAGUACUGAAAUAUCAAUCAAGAACAACCAUUCACAAUAUGUAUAAGGAAUUCAGAGACACCACUUUGAAUGGUGCUGUCUCAUAAUUAUAUUAGGAAAUGGCUGGUAAUCACAGAGCUUAACCAUAAACCAUCCACAUCCUCAGAACUUCAGUGUUAACAAAGAGUGCUGAUAUCAAGAGAGGAAAGACUAAUCAAUACAGAGGAGAUUCAAUUAGAUUCCCAAUUGUUAAGACAGUGCCAAGAGCUAGCCACAAAAAAUUCAGAACCGUGUUCAAAGCCAAAAGACCAAAUCUAUAUAGAUCAUGAUCAUCAUGAUUAUUUAGUACAAUAACAAUAAAUUAAAUAACAUAAAUUC